GCUCCACCACUACACGUCCGAGCUAGCUAGCCAGGCCGCAAAGAGCCGCCGGCACCAGGCAGCAUGGCAAGCACCAGCAGGUCCUUCUUCCUCCUCGCCCUCGUGGCCCUGUCCGGCGUCGCCGACCUGGCCGCCGCCGUGCGGCCGCCUAUCGACACGGCAGAAAUCCACGGGCCGGGGAAGAACCUCCCAGUGACAUACACUGGCGUCGACGACCACGCCGUCGAAGCGGCGGAAGAACAGAUCUCCGCGGCGGUGAAGCGCGCGGCGGCAUCCGCGUCCGCGGCCCAGCUGGACGGGCUGUUCAACUGCAUGAUCGGGUGCAUCACGACGGUGAUGAACUGCGCGUUCGGGUGCAUGGCCAAGGGCCCCGACCUGCCGCUCUGCGUCAUCAGCUGCAACCAGAAGAGCAUCGUCUGCAUGAUCCGCUGCGCCAUGACGCCCUCGCCUCCCGGGCCCAAGCCGCCAGCACCCAAGCCGUCGCCACCCAAGCCGCCCCCGCCGGCUUACGCCGCACACGGCACCGAGACCUCCACCUAGAAGACACCGCCGAUCGAUGACGAUUCUUAAUUCCACGUAUUCAGAUAUACAACCAGUUAUCGACCAUGCGGUCAUGCAUGAUACUACCAGCAGGCAGCAGUAUAAGAUAAGAAUGAACUAAAAAGAAGACACGCCUUAUAUAUCAUGGAGGUAUCCAGAUAUAUAUUUGUAGCCAAAACUAUAAGUUAUAACUUCAUUAAUUCCCAUUUCUCAUCUAGAUUUAUGCCAGCUGAAAAGAAAUUGUAUGUCAUAUGGUUUAUGACUCAUAGUGAGUGUACUUAUAAUGUUUGAGCAAUAUAUGUACAUUGGCCUGAGACUAUAAAAUGUAAUGCUAGCUCCUUCCUUAUAUGUAUUAAA